UCAGGUGAUCGCGUCGGCCGGGAGACGAGGGAACGGAAAACACCUGCCGAGCGGACCUCACACACGCCCCACUCGACAGCCGAAGGUUCCCAUACCCCAGAGAGAGUCCUCCUGGCACCGCUUCGAGGGUUCGGGAUCCUCCCCCCCUCCCCCUUGGCACUUCGAACAAGAGCCCCCUCUGUGCGACUCAGGAAAUCGUCCGGAGCAGCCGCCGGGAACCAUCCUGCAGGAGGGAGAAGGAGAAGGAGAAGGAGAAGGACAUCUCGGGGGAAUUGUUUUGAUUGGGCGGUCCUUGAGGUACACGUGUUCGCGCCUAUUGGGGACGAUGAGGAGUGACAAUGUGCGUUGGGCGCCGCAAUAACGCCAGUGACAGGACAAACAGCGAAAGAGUGGCCGUUCCAACACCAGGUCGAGCUGGGACGUCCGCGCGGGUUCCGAGACGUCCGGGCAAGGAGCUCUCGGCCGCGUCCUUCUGAGCGGGGACGCCUUCGGAUAAUCCCUUGGCUUCUCUCUCGCUUCCUUGGAUCCUCGGAGCUGUGGUGUGCGCGUGUUGGUGUUGACGUGUUGUGUAUUGUGAGGAAAAAAAUCGAUUCGCCGAAGAUAACCAAAAAGACGUGUGGAUCGUAUACACUCCAAUCCGAUUCAUUUUAUCUCCUCCUCUUCUCCUUCGAAGGGGAAAAAAAACGAUUUUUUUUUAGUCAAAGGGACAGGCUCUACAAGCAAGAUUUUUUUUUUUUCUUCUUUUUUUUCUUAACUUAUCAAGAAUGAGGUGCAUAACGGCGAGUUUUCUGAAGAAGAUGGGGGUCCCGUCAUGUCUCCUGGUGCUUAUGGUCGCGAGUCUGCCUUCCUGGGGUCUGCAUUUGGACCAUCCUGCCUCCGCACCGGACGAGCGCGCAAGAUCGGAGCGCGCGGCACAGAGUCCGCCCACUGUGACGUCACUCAGGCCUCCAGACAGGAGCGGGCACGGGCACGGCGUGGGCAUCUCUGUGAGGAGCGACAGCGGCAGCGACACCGGGCCGCCCGUGGUGGCCAGCCGCUCGCCCUACAGCACGUGGCAGGCCAAGGACACGUCGGGCCACGUCUCCCGGGUCGCACCGGCGCGGCCACGAGCCGCUGGCGCCCGUGGCCACCGCCACCUCGGGCUCAAGGGCGCCCGUGGCCGACGCGUCCAGCGCCACGGGGCGGCGCUCGCUGCCCGACCCCCAGCUCGUCGAGCCGGCGACCUUCGGCGACGCCGGCGCCCCGGGCUCGAGGGCGCCGUCGCCGUCGUCGCCGUGGAGUCGCUACGACGUGGGCCGCGACGAGGGCGGCUGGGCGAGGGGCGGCGGCCACCCCGCGAGGACCGUGGGCGGCGCGCGGGAGGCUGAGGCGGGCGCGUCCGAGGGCGCGUGGGACACCCAAGCCCGACGGCUGCCGAGCCCCUCCGAGGGCCGCCCCGACACCUUCGGCCACAGGAUCAGCGAGGACCUGUCGCACCUGGACACGGAGUACUCUCCGCGGAAGAGCAACAGGCGCUGGUCGAGUCAGGUUCCUUCCCUGCACUUCUCGUCGGCGUCGAGCGGCGGCGCGCACGGCAGCUUCCCCCAGCGGCCCUACGACGAGCAGAACAGCCGCUGGCACAACAGCCGCGCCGGCAGCGCCAGCGGCAACGAGAGGUCCUCCACCAGGUUCCGCAACUGGGACCGGGAGGAGCGGCCGAGCACCUCGCCGCGCCCGAGCUACGUCGACUACAACGCCCACGAAUACCCUCCGCGCGGGUCCUACAACUACCCGUCGAGAGCGCGCGACCCGGUGAGCCACGGCGACCCGUACAGCAACCCGGCUUCCAGGGGCGAGCCCGCUCUGCUCACCAUCCAGCAGAUUAAGCAGAUGAUAAACAUAUCAUCGCAUGACGAGUUCUUUGAGCUGCUGAAGAAGAGAGGGAUCGGCUUCAGCCAGCUCCUCGAAUACAUGAAUCGCGGCGCCAACGAGGAUGAGGUCCUGCAGCUCCUCGGAUACCAGAGGACCACAACGACGACAGAUCCUCCGGAGGCUCGUCCGCCACAGACGCGACUGGAGGACGAGCACGGAGGCGAUGCCUUCGACUCGCAGGCCGACUCGUCGUUGUACUUCGGCGAGGGUGCUCACAGGGCGUCCCAGGGAAGCCCCUUCAGGGGAGGCGCUCAUUUGGCCAGGGACGAAGUGAUAGACGGCGACGAGGUCAGCAGUGCCGAAGAGAGGAGGAGGAACAGGAAAGAGAGGAAGAGGAAGGGAAAGAAGAACAGGAGAAGAAAGGGAAAAGGAGGGCGUAGACAGCGGCUUCCGGACCUUGUGUACACGACAGACAUCUUGCCUGUGGACGGCGCCCAGGGCUCCACGACGGCAGCCGAGGCGGAAUUCAAGCCCCCGUCCUCAGGAACACCAAACGUCGGCUCAAACAUCGAUGUAUCCACGACGACACAGCAGCCGGAUGACGCCCGUCCUUCCACGCCAGCAGCCUCGGCGGUGUUGCCAGGCCCGAGCCCCAACCGGCCCCCCGUGCUGUCCAACUCGCCCCCGCAGCCGGGCUCCUCAACGCAGCCAACCUUCCCGGAAGAAGCCCCGGCGGCCACCUCCUUCCCUGACGUCCCUGAUGAAGCCAGCGCGACGCAGACCCACACCCUGCUGACGAUGACGGAAUUCUUCCCCGAGCCCUUCGGCGUCGUCGCAUCAGCCACCGCCCCGGACGUCGCCCUCCCGCUGCCUACCUCAGGGCAAGACGCGCCCACGACCACCGCCAAGCCUCCCCUCAAGAAAUCCGACCCCGCACUGACGCCGCGGUCCUCCUCCAGCACGCUUCCCUCUGCGCCCGGAGACCCCUACGCCGACGACGUGACCUUCCCGCCGGGCAUCAGGCCCUCCGAGGUCUCCAUCCACUCCAUCACGGUCAUGAAGGUUCCCGAAGGUGACGAGACCGUCCCCGAGGUGCUCGCGCCCGCCAGCAGGAGGCCGAACCACCGAAGGCCCAUCGUCAAGGCGCACUUCCCGCCCGAGCGCAACAUCUCCCGCUUCACCACCACCAACCUCGAGGAACCCGAGUUCGAGAUCGGAAGCCGGUCCAUUUUGGUGCAGAAUAUACCCAAGGAGGAGUACCAGUUUCCGAUCAAGGGCCUCCUGAUCAUCAGCGGCGUCCUGGGAGCCAUGGCCGUCUUCACCUUGGUCAUUCUGAUCUCGUACUGCAUCAUCAAGUGUUCGAAACCUCCAGCCAUUAACAACUACAGGGUCACAGAACAGAAGCCUGUGGCCCAGUGAGGAAUACGUCGCAAGAUAUCUCUUUUCCUUCUCUUUUCUUCCUCUCUUUUUUGAAGCCUAGAUUUUAGUGUCAUAAUUCCAUAUAUUAUAUUGUAUACAAAUGUAUGUUAAGUUAUAACUUAUUCUUAUAGUAAUAGUAAUUAAUCCUCAGCGAAAAAGUAACCCUGAACUGUAACAUAUGCAUCGUUGUCAGUGAGAAAUGUUGAAAAAGUGUUCUUAUUAAAAAUAAGGGUCGUACAAUUAAUUAUUGAUGAUGGUGAUUAGUUAUCAUUGUCAACCAGAUAAGAAUACUCUAUUCCUUUUGGGUAAUGACUGUUAUCUGUAAUAUCUAAUGUACAUAAAACAUACAUAAGAAUAAAAUCCCUUUUGUAAGAAAAA